AGAGCCAUGUGGCCGCUGUGGGCACAUCGUCUCUCCGGUGAAGUUUGUAGGAAGGAUUGCGCUCAGUCGGAGAGAGAGAGGGAGAGAGACAGUGAGGGGGUGAAAGUGAGCCGGGCUGCUGCGACGAGGAAAGAGACAGAGAGCAGGACAGCCGGAGACAAGUCUCUUCCAGACUUUCACUUUAUUUAUUUCUUUGGUAUUGUUGGUGCGCUCUGAACGCGCGCUCUGCUGUCCAUUUGUUUGUUUGUUUGUUUUUUGUUUUUGUUUUUUUUGCGUGGGGGAGUUGCUCGCAAAUUCCAUUUUUUUUGUUUGAGCGCAGUGGAUGUGAGAAAGCGGGCGAAGGCAUUUUUUUUUUUUCAAAACACACAGCCGGAGGAAUGUAUCCAACUCGGGCAGCGGCGGCGGCGGGUCAGCGUCCGUGGAGAUGUCCGGGCUGCGCGCUGUGGAUCGCCCUGCUGCUCCACAGCGUCCUGGACCUGAGCGCGUCUGGGUCUGAGUUUCCCCAAGACCCCAGUGUGCUAGCUACCACUUCAUGGAACACCUCUAGUGAUGGGCCCUUCUUCAUCCGCCUCGACAGGCCCAUGAACAACAUCACCACCUCUCUGGGCCACACGGCCGAGCUCACUUGCCACGUGGCGGGCAACCCGCCGCCCACUGUGCGCUGGCUGAAGAACGACGCCCCGGUGGUGCAGGAGCCGCGGCGGAUCUCGUACCGAUCCAUGCCCUACGGGUCACGCCUCCGCAUCCGCAACCUGGACACUACUGACACGGGCUACUUCCAGUGUGUGGCCACCAACACCCAGGGCACCGUGUCCACGACGGGCGUGUUGUUCGUCAAGUUUGAUCCACUCCCUACACCUCUGCCAGGAGGGACAACGAGGGAGCCUAACGGGUUCUGCCAGCCGUACAGAGGUAUAGCCUGCGCCCGCUUCAUCGGCAACCGCAGCAUCUACGUCCACUCAUUGCAGAUGCAGGGCGAGAUCGAAACCCAGAUCACAGCGGCCUUCACCAUGAUCGGGACGUCCAACCAUUUGUCCGACCGCUGCUCCCAGUUCGCCAUCCCUUCUCUCUGCCACUUUGCCUUCCCGACGUGCGACCGCAGCACCGGGGCCGACAAACCCCGGGACCUGUGUAAGGACGAGUGUGAGAUCCUGGAGAACGACUUGUGCAAGACCGAGUACAUCAUCGCCCGCUCCAACCCCAUCAUCCUGAAGAGACUGAAGCUGCCGGACUGCGAGGACCUGCCCGCCUCCGACAGCCUCGAGGCCGCCAACUGUCUGAGGAUCGGCAUCCCCAUGGCCGAGCCCAUAAACAAGAAUCACAAGUGUUACAACAACAGCGGGGCGGACUACAGAGGGACAGUCAGUAUGACCAAGUCGGGCCAUCAGUGUCAGCCAUGGAACUCCCAGUAUCCUCACAGCCACACCUACCUGGCCAUCCGCUACCCGGAGCUGAACGGAGGACACUCGUACUGCCGCAACCCCGGGAACAAGCACGAGGCCCCCUGGUGCUUCACGCUGGACGAGGGGGUCCGCAUGGACCUCUGUGACAUACCCGUCUGUGACUACAAAGACAAGUCUGGCGGCAGCAACAUGGAGAUCUUGUACAUCCUGGUCCCCAGUGUGGCGAUCCCGUUGGCCAUCGCCUUGCUCUUCUUCUUCAUUUGCGUGUGCCGCAACAACCAGAAGUCCUCCAGGCCCCCGGCCCCCCGUCAGCCCAAACCCGUCCGAGGGCAGAACGUGGAGAUGUCCAUGCUCACGACUGCGUACAAGCCAAAGAGCAAGGCCAAAGAGCUUCCGCUGUCGGCUGUGCGUUUCAUGGAGGAGCUCGGAGAGUGCCCUUUGGGGAAGAUCUACAAGGGUCACCUGUAUCUGCCGGGCAUGGACCAGGCGCAGCUUGUGGCCAUAAAGACCCUGAAGGAUAUCUCCAGUGGCCAGCACUGGAGCGACUUCCAGCAGGAGGUCGCAGUGCUCACAGAGCUGCAGCACCCAAACGUGGUGUGCCUGCUGGGUGUGGUGACGCAGGAGCAGCCCGUCUGCAUGCUGUUUGAGUUUCUGCCCCAAGGCGACCUCCACGAGUUCCUCAUCAUGCGUUCACCACACUCUGACGUGGGCUGCAGCAGCGAUGAGGAUGGCACGGUGAAAUCCAGCCUGGAUCAUGGAGACUUCCUGCAUAUGGCCAUACAGGUGACUGCUGGGAUGGAGUACUUGGCCAGCCACUUUUACAUCCACAAAGACCUCGCUGCUCGGAACAUUCUUGUCGGCGAGCAGCUCCACGUCAAGAUCUCCGACCUGGGUCUCUCCAGAGAGAUCUACUCGUCGGACUACUACUGCCUCCAGCCCAAAACCCUGCUGCCAAUCCGCUGGAUGCCCCCCGAGGCCAUCUCUUACGGCAAGUUCACCACGGACUCGGACAUCUGGUCGUUUGGAGUCGUGCUGUGGGAGAUCUUCAGCUACGGCCUGCAGCCCUACUAUGGCUUCUCCAACCAGGAAGUGAUGGAGAUGGUGAGAAAGAGGCAGCUGCUGCCCUGCCCCGAGGACUGCCCACCAAGGUUUUAUGGUUUGAUGACUGAAUGCUGGCAGGAGGGACCAGCACGUCGACCGCGGUUCAAGGACAUCCACGCCCGCCUGCGAGCCUGGGAGGGGAUGUCGUCCCACGCCAGCUCCAGCACGCCCUCUGGUGGCGGAGGCAACGCCACCACCCAGACCACCUCGCUCAGCGCCAGCCCUGUGAGCAACCUCAGCAACCCGCGCUACGCCGCUGCCGCCGCAGCUGCCGGGUACCUCUACCCAGCCCAGGCUAUGCCCGCCCCAGGUCAGAUGGCUCCCAUCACAGCCUGGACACCCAUGGCUGUGUCCCAAACCCACCAGCGCUUCAUCCCCGUCAACGGAUACCCCAUCCCGCCAGGGUACGCGGCUUUUCCGGCCCACUUCACUGCCCCCGUUCCUCCCACCAGGGUCAUCCAGCACCACCUGCCCCCUCCUAAAAGCCGCUCACCCAGCAGCGCCAGCGGCUCCACCAGCACGGGUCACGUCAGCGGAGUGCCCUCCACCACGGGCUCCAACCAUGACGCCAACACGCCACUGCUCUCCCACUGCAUCAUGCCGGGGAGCGGGCAGGGUCAGGUGUAUGGACAAAAGGGGGUGGGACCGAUGGACCACGCAUCGCAAACAUCAGCGCUGCUCGCUAACGAUUCUGACGUACUGAUGUAUAACGACAAGGUCAUCACCGCAGACCUGUAAACGGAUCGAACGCUCACACUUUUUUUUUGUGCUCGGGACCCAAAAUUGAGAAUUUUAGCCUCUCAUCCAGGGACCCAGUCCAACGUUUCUACUCCGGCCACGCAGAGACCCAACAGAAACCGGCCUGUACGCACAUUUGGGUGUGCCAGAAACACUGCCGCCGCUACACGUAUACACACAGCUCAGUCUGACGUUUUAAUGCCUUAUUGUUUAAAGUGUACUUACUACCAUGGUUUGAAAAUGUCGUGUUAUUAUGUUAACCUCUGUGUAAAUACGGUACAUAAGUCCUGAAUGAAUGAAUGAAUGAAUGAAAUACAAAGAUAUAUAUUCAAAAGAACGUUUUAUCAAGGAAACAAAUGUAAAGGUGAAAAGUAGCAAGUCCAUCCUAAGAAAUGGUUUAAAAAAAAUUUUUAAAAAAACAUCCUCAGUCAAUGGACUGUUUCAUGCAGGAUGUGAAGGAAACACUGACAUUCAUACCGGGACCUUGGUGCCUUACAGCAGUGUUGUGACUUGCUUGUUUCUGGACAUUUUUAAAACACACACAAAAAAAUGUACUUGUACAGUGAAAGAAACUGCAUUUAGCGAAGCGCCAACCAAGCGGACAAGAAUGGGAACAGAGUACUGAACAGACCAAAAGUUCAGCAGCCUUUACUGAGAGGACUGGCGCCGACCUGCUCGAACACACCAGUAUACGAGGCAUACAGGUGACGUGCACCGCCUCUUGGAUUUACGUGACAGCUCCCCUUCAUAGAAAACAGAUCGGCCACAGGUGAGAAGUUGGCUACAAUUCGUCGUCCAGGCGCUGAGAUCUGGCUUCAUCACUUUCACACAAAACCCCUUUUUUUCGGAAAUGACACCUGAAUGUUAUUCGUGCAACCUCAAAGUGACUGUCUGACACUUUUUGCAACUUGGACUCUGGCCUCUUUGCCUUAUUCAAAUGUUGGCGCACAGAUUUCCUGGCUGAGGAUGCCAGGAGUACUUCUGAUUGGACCAUAAACCUCCCAGCGGAUAUGGCAUCCAACUUCAAAUACCAGCAGCAGAUGAGCCUAGAAAUCACCCAGCGCUCAUAUUCUCCUGAACUGGACUGCUCGCAGGGCAAACACUUCCCUCACAACACGAGGGCUGGCGUCAGUAAGCUAAAAUUUGACUCUCACAAAAGGACGCUUUUUAUUGUGAAUUGGCUACGGUGUUUAAAUUUUAACAGGAGAGUUUCUCAAUAUUUUGUAUUUGAAGGAACUAAAAGGUUUUAUUCACGGACAUCGUCAUGUCUUCAAAUCUUUUCUCCUUUCCUCUUUUUUCUUUUUUUUAAAUUUUUCACUCUCUGUAUUGUACAAAAAAUACCAUUGAAGACAUGGAGGAGUGAAAGUCCUCAAAGCAGGGAGAGUUGAGGCACAUGAGGCUCGCAGUGGAUGAUGUCCCCAUCGCAGAGAUGAGCCUCAGUGGGUCCCCGCCGUGUACACAGAAACCCUUAUGAAUAGCAUGUUUGAUGUGCCUAAAUUGAUGCCCACUCUGUGCUAAAACAGAGGAAUGUAUGACCUAAUUGAGGAUCAGCCUCACGAGAGAUUUGUGUAUGUUGCUUUUAUUUGGUUCUGUAUCAGUAAAUGGAAGGUAUCCUGACAUGUACGUGUAGGUAAUCCUAACAAGGAUGAGUGCAGGUUUUGAAAAAAGAAACUUUUCAUGUGAGGUUCAGUUCUAGUUGAACAAGCCGAUGGUUUCAGAUACAUUUGCUCAACUGUCCCUUUACCAUGUGAAGAAGUUGUGUGUUUGGUGAACUCUCAGUCCCGUGAUCACAGAAACGAAGCCUCGGCUGUCCUUUUUAUAAUUUGAUAGUGGUUGAUCAGAAGCAUUCAGUGAAGCGUCAGAGAACCAGCUGCAGUAACAGAGCAGCGUGUGACCUUAUCAGUUGUGCCUGUGUGGUAGACAAUCAUUGGUUUUGAAGGGUCGUAAAAGUUUCCCAGACUGUACGUACGUGUUGAACUUAUUCUUCAUUAUUCUGUUAGUCAGCUAUAUUCUCUCAGCAGUGUGACACCAAGGUUCGUUGCUAACAUUUCGCUGUGGAAGCAUCGUAAAGAUGGCUUGUUGCCUGAAGUGCAUUUUUUUUAAUGAUUAUGGAACAUUUUGUGAAUUUACCCCCAAAAAAUCAAAAACACAUAUUUUUCCUCUUACCUGUAGUUUUAUCUGCAGUUUAAUGUCGGAACUUUUUUUCAAACAAUAGUAUCAUCGCCCAGAAGACAAGGGGCUGUAAAGUUUGCUAGCUCAGUAGUGAUGCAGACUUCGCUCUAUUCCAAGGCAACCACGACCAGCACCAGGCUUUUGAAGCCAUAGCAGCCAAACCCUGUUAUAAUCAUGUUACCUGAUGCACACUGGUCCAGAGUGUCAGAACCCCUGAAAAAUGGACCUAAAGUUAGCCGCUCGGACUGUAGAAUACGAAAUUUAUACCACGGACAAGGUGAAACACUUGGCAGGUGGUUCGCUAGAAGUAAAAUUGUUCCAACAAGUAACUGUUCAUAACAAGGAUGUGGAUUAUCUUCAGCAGUCAGGUCAUGAUUUCUGUAAAAAGACUUAAAAUAUAUUUUCUGGUGCUUUUUGCACUUCAAUCCAAUUACUAUCUAGUUUGAUUUUAUUUAACGCUGGCAUCUCAACGGCUGAUAUCUCCAAAAUACUGCAGCUCACAUCAAAACAGUCUAGACAGACUGAUACUACUACUGGUAAGAGGAAAUAUGCAUUUAUUUUGAUUUUGGGGUGAACUGUCCCUUUAAGCCCUUGGCUUCUACAAGAAAACAGCAGCAAGAAAAGCAGCUGCUCCAGUUCACCGCAGUGAAAUUAGAAUAAAUCAGAUUUACAUGUCACUGAGCUUUUUAUUUUACCCCAAAUCACUUCAUUCAAACCAAAUAUGGUGAACAGAAGCUGAUUGUUCUCAAAAUGAAGGGAGAAGAUGUAUUUUCCAUCUAGUCCAAGGUUAUUCGAAUCAUUUCAAGUGCAAGUUUUCCCGUGGUGUUUUUAUGUCAUUGCUGCCUUUCUGUCUGUACUUUCCCUUUUUGUUCCUCUGAAGCAGAUGGAGCUACCUUUGCAUGUGAGUUUGUACACGUGACCUCCAGCAUGUAAAGGAUGUAUGUGUACUAAUAUAGCAGUGCAAAAACCACUUGUACACAAGACUGUGAAUCUUAAUCAAGUCUAGGUAUUUUUUGUAUUUGGCAAAAAAAAAAAAAAAAGGAAAAAAAAAUCAUUGUUGUGCCUUUUUUGUUUUAUUCGAGAUAACAACUAAAUACAAUUAAAUUUAUAUUCAGUAACAGUGUACCCGUACAGAAGGUUUACAUGCUUAUCCUUUUGACCAAGAGAGGCCUUGUCUUUGUAUUUCGUCUGAACAUUGUUUUUUUUUUUUUUUUGCACAGAUGUUUUGUAUUUGCAAAAUCAUUUAUUAAAUGAUGUUGUUUGGUUAA